CAUUCAGAAGGAACAGAGAUCAGUUGAGAAAAUGCAGAAGAACACAACAGUGAUGAAGAGCCUGGCUGCUAUAGUUGUCAUAGCGUUUAGUAUCUGGACUGUAACAGAGGCAGAAAAAGUGAGUCCCUGCUGCGUUGCGGUGUCCAGAUUCAUGGAGGACUUUGCCAUCACAGGAUACAGAUUGCAGAUGAAAAACCUUCCAUGCAUUAAAGCUGUCAUUUUUCAGACAGAAAUGGGACAGUUCUGCAUUGAUCCAUAUCAACCCUGGGUGAAGAAGAAGAUCAUCGAGUUUAAAUUUUUCACUGAACAUGAAAAAUAUUGCUCUGACCCUACUGCACGCUGGAUCCAAAAGAAAACGAAAGGUUUGAAAGAAAUCACUGAAUGAAAAUGGAAGACAGACUGUUUUGUAUCCAGCUUCCUGUUGCUUCAAGAAUCUUGCAUACAUAAAAAAUAAGAAAAGAAAAAAAAAAAAGGCAUUUCAAACAGUUUUUCUGCAAGGUAGAAAAAAGGCCAUUUUGAAUUUGAAGUAACUCAUAAAUUAACAUACAUUAACAUGUUGGGAACUAUGAUACUCCUAUAACUAUAUAGAACCCUUUAAAGCCAACAUGCUGUUAUGUUGCAUAACAUUUUUUGAAGCUUUAAGGCUUGUUGUUGCUCUCGUAUAUAAAUCCAUCUAUCUACCUUUCAGUAGUGAUCCCAAGUAAAAUAGUACUUUCACUUUCAUUUUUAUUUUGCUUCAGUAAGUCAUAAUAGAGUUCACAAAAACAUAUCAUUCUUAAAAUGAUAUGUAAUAUCUAUAUAAUAUAUGGUACGUUUUUUUUUUUUUUUUGAAAAAAAUAAUUUGAAAUGUCAACACUUUUACCAUUAGGAGCCAUAUAAUAAAAGACCUUUA